AUGCCUCCGACAAAUACAUUAGUAAAAGCUGCUGAUGAACAUGAAACCGUUGUAACAUUUGAAAAAAAAAAUGUUAAUACUGUAAAUGUACCAAGUGUUAAACAUCCACUUGAACCAUUGACUAUUGAUGAGAUAAAGUUAGCUGUUGAUAUAUUAAAAAAACAUACAAAUGUAACGUCGACAACGCGUUUUGUUUCUAUUCAAUUAAAAGAACCACAAAAACAAUUUGUCCAUGAUUUUAAAGGCCAUGGUGAAUCGACAAUAAUUCAUCGUCAAGCAUGUGCCGUAUUAUUUGAUAAUAAAAUAAAUUCAUGCUAUGAGGCAAUAUUAUCAUUAACCGAUGAAGAAAUUUUAGCAUUUGAACAUAUACCUGGUGUUCAACCAACAAUGACUGUAGAUGAACAAGUUGAAUGUGAACAAGCCGUACUACGCUCAGAAGAAUUUCACCAACUGGUUAAAAAACAUUAUGGUAUUGAUGAUAUGUCAUUGAUUAUGUGCGAUAUCUGGUCAGCAGGUUAUUAUGGCGAAGAAGAAGAACGUACAAAACGAUUAGCAAGACCUCUAUGCUUUGUACGAUCCGAUCCAACUGAUAAUGGUUAUACACGUCCAAUUGAAGGUUUAAGACCGGUAGUUGAUUUAAAUGAAAUGAAAGUAAUUCGUGUCGAAGAAUAUAAGCAUUACCCAUUGCCUCAUGUCACAUGUAACUAUGAUGGUGAUCGUGUAGCAAAUAUAAGAAAAGAUAUUCUCCCACUAGAAAUUAUUCAACCACAAGGUCCAAGUUUUCAAGUUGACGGAAAUCAAAUUACAUGGCAAAAGUGGCAAUUUGUUAUUGGUUUUAGUAUGCGUGAAGCACUUACAUUACAUCAUGUACGAUAUGAAAAUCGUUCAAUUCUUUAUCGUGCAUCAUUAACAGAAAUGGUUGUGCCCUAUGCCGAUCCAUCACCUCAGCAAGCACGUAAAAAUGCAUUUGAUGUUGGAGAAUAUGGCCUAGGUUGUUGCACAAAUAGUCUGGAAUUAGGCUGUGAUUGUUUGGGUCAAAUUAAAUAUUUUGAUGCGAAUUUAUGUACCAGUCGUGGUGAACCAUUUUUAAUCAAAAAUGCUGUAUGUUUGCAUGAAGAAGAUGCCGGUGUAUUAUGGAAACAUACUGAUAGACGUUUAUGUAUACCAGAAGUAAGACGAUCUCGACGUUUAGUUAUAUCAUCAAUAGCCACAGUUGAAAAUUAUGAAUAUGCAUUCUAUUGGUAUUUAUAUCAAGAUGGAAAUAUACAAUUUGAAGUUAAAAUGACUGGUAUCCUGUCAUUGGGUGCUCUACCACCAGGAGAAAAAUCACCGUAUGGUACCUUGGUUGCACAGCAACUCUACGCUCCAUACCAUCAACAUUUUUUUAAUGUUCGACUCGAUUUGGCUAUUGACGGUGUGAAUAAUACUGCUUAUCAACUGGACGUUAUGGCAGACGAAGAUGGACCAAAUAAUCCAUUUCAUAAUGCAUUUCAAGUUAAGAAGACCCGUUUAGAGCAUGAAAAACAAGCCCGUGCAAACUUAAAUUUAGAAACAGCCAGAACAUGGAAAAUUGUUAAUGAAAAUGUUUUAAACAGUUUAGGUGAACCGGUCGGUUAUCGAUUUAUGCCCGGAGAUAAUUGUGUACCAUUUGCACCACGCACAGCAUGGUGGAGAAAACGUGCAGCAUUUGUUAACAAUCAUGUUUGGAUAACACCAUAUCGUGAUAAUGAACGAUUUGCUGGUGGCGUGUAUCCAAAUCAAAGUCAAGGUGAUAAAGACACUCUUUGGCAUUGGACAGAAAAUGAUCGUUCAAUUGAUAAUCAAGAUAUUGUUUUAUGGUACACAUUUGGUCAUACGCAUAUACCAAGACCAGAAGAUUAUCCAGUAAUGCCGGUUGCAUGUGUUGGUUUUAUGUUAAAACCAAAUGGGUUUUUUGAAUUAAAUCCAGCAAAUGAUUUACCACGCGCACCGAAAAAAGAUGAGAAAGACAGUUGUUGCCAAUAA